CCAUCUGAACAAAGAUGGCCGCCUGUGUGUUAAGACGGGGUUUGUUGUCCUCAGUAGGUAAAUACGGUAGAAAACGAGCGUUCGCGGCGUUGCACGCGGACCUUUGCGGCAGACAGGAAGUGAACGGACACGCGCUGCCGUGCUCGAGCUGCGGUGUGGCCGGUGGUGCCCAGGCGCGGUUCCUGUCCUCGCGGCCUGAGGGGAAGAUUUUGGAGACAGUUGGAGUGUUUGAGGCACCAAAGCAGCACGGCAAAUAUGAAACAGGCCAGCUGUUCCUUCACAGCGUGUUUGGCUACAGAGGGAUCGUUCUGUUCCCUUGGCAUGCCCGUCUCUACGACCGUGACGUCACACCCCCUACAAGUGAGAGUAAGUCAGAACCUCCCGGUACUCGUGGGUCAAAAGAGGUGAAGGGGAAAACCCACACAUACUAUCAGGUCCUCAUUGACACACGGGAUUGUCCGCACAUUUCUCAGAGAUCACAGACAGAAGCGGUGACCUUUCUGGCGAAUCACGAUGACAGCAGGGCCCUCUAUGCAAUUCCAGGGCUGGACUAUGUGAGCCACGAGGAUGUCCUACCGUACAGCUCCACUGAUCAGGUGCCGAUCCAGCACGAGCUCUUUGAGCGGUUCCUCACAUUCAACCCCUCCAAAGUGCCACCUUUUGUCCCGCGAGACACACUCCGUGCUUGGCAGGAGAAGAACCACCCCUGGCUUGAGUUGUCAGAUGUUCACCGUGAAACCACCGAGAAUAUCCGCGUUACUGUCAUCCCCUUCUAUAUGGGCAUGCGGGAAGCUCAGAACUCCCAUGUAUAUUGGUGGCGUUACUGCAUCCGUCUGGAGAACAUGGGCAAUGAGGUGGUGCAGCUCCGGGAGCGGCACUGGAGGAUCUUCAGUCUCUCAGGGACACUAGAAACUGUUCGAGGCCGUGGUGUGGUGGGCCGGGAGCCAGUGUUAUCUAAGGAGCAACCUGCGUUCCAGUACAGCAGCCAUGUGUCACUGCAGGCACCAAGCGGACACAUGUGGGGAUCUUACCGCUUCGAGAGGCCCAACGGCACCUUCUUCGAUGUCCGCAUCCCGCCCUUCUCGCUCGAAAGCAAGAAAGACGAUACUCCUGACGGCUUCCUGCCAGGCCCCUUCUCUCUAGCCUGAGAGCGCUGCCCGUCCCCCAACUCCCCCUCACUUCAAUCCCAACAAUUCCCCCUUGCCUGUUUCUGGUAUUCUCACAUCAGAUAAAUUAUGGCUCUGCCCUGGUGUUAGUCAAGUUACUGCUGAGGUGCCCCCCACACCUCAAUCCGAGCAUCAGAGUUACAUUAGGCAUGGGCUGGAGACACUGCAGAUUAGAAGCUUUAUAAAGACAAAUGUGAAGAUAAUGCCAAUUUGGCACUUUUUUUUUUUGAUGAAUGCUACAUUUUCCUUGUUCUUUUAAUUAUUAUACAUUUCUUUAAUUGUUACUUUACGGGUAAUUCAGAGUUCUAUAACUGGAAAAUUAGAAGAGAUUUGGUACUAUCAGUAAAUUGAUCAUCUUUUUUUUUUUUUUUUCCCUCCUAAUGGAAGCCAGUGGAUUUGCUCUGCUUUCAUUCAUUCAAGCGGAAAUGUCAUUGGAAGUAGUUGGAAGGAACAAGAUAGUAUCAAAACUAAUAUUACUAUCUGGAAGUCGGAAAUUAUUAAAGCAAUGACUAAGACUUCAUGUUAGAAGUAUGUCUCUGAAUAUAGUUCUUCAUUGUGGUGUGUUUGUGUUUGGAUGUCACUUCAGUGGUUUUGGUCUGACAGUGUACUGAAAUAAGUUAUUUUGGAAGAGGGCUUAGUAUGGAAUUUGUACCACAAAGUGCUAGGACCUUUAUAACCAGGCAUUGUCAGCUUCUGUGAUUCACUUCUUGCGUAUUUGCACUUCAGAAAGCAGCAGAGGAACAUUACGAGUGUUGAAUACAUGCCUGCAUCUGCAUGCUUUACCCUCUGUCUUCAGGCAGGCACUUCAGAGCUGUAGGGUGCACUUAAAAUGGAAUGAAGCCAAGGUUUUGACCAAAUGAAAACAGCUUUUCAAUGGUAAAAGCACUGUUUGUAGAAGAAGCAGAGAGCACUUAAUAUUGGUUGGUCCAGUCGAUGGGUGAGCCAGGCCCCCCAAAGCUGUUCUCAUCUUCAACCCUUUGGGCCAAACACUUUAAACAGCUUCAGGCAUCUAGGCAUCUGGACACCACUGACCCACUACAAAUAUCUGGUUUGGUCAGUUGAUUUUAUAACCGGUUGUAAGAUGUAAAGGCAUAUAUUCCCUUCUGGUUAAUAGUGUUUGAUACUGUUGUAUUUGUACUGUUGUUUCAUUUGGGGUGGCAGGUAGCAUUGUGUUACAGCUGCCAGUUUGCAAUCAAAAGACCCAGGCUCCAAUCCCAGCACCUGCUGUGGUAUGAUUGAGCAAAGUGCUUACUUCAAAUUGCUCCAGAUAAAAUUACCCAUUGUAUAAAUGGGGAAGCUAUAAUUUGCCCAUUAAUUACUGUAAGCAGGUUAACAUUGCAAAUUACUUUGGAAAAAGAAUCAGGUAAAUUAAUCGACAACUCAUUUAAGGCAGUGUUUUUUGUUUUUUUAGACCUGAAGUUUUCUGUCUUUAGCUUCCAAUGGCCCCUUCAGGUAUAAGGUUUGGCUGAGAGGAGUAGCCCUGCUUGUUCUGUAUUCCAGUUAUGUGUAUGCUAAUACAUGUGCAUCAUUUGGAAGGGAGUGCUGUUGGGAAAGUGAUUUUACAAGUGGCUUAAACAAAUUUGCUUUUUGGAAAUGUUAAUAUUACAGGCUCUGUUACUUGGGCAACCUGUUAUUUGUAAUAACACUUUAUUAAUCCCCAUGGGAAAAUUCAUCAAGGGUGCAAAGCUGUAUUAGAGGAAACUUGGCUUCAAAAACUGUUAAAACAUUGCAUGUGUUCUACCCUAAGUGUUGUAAUCAGUUUGGGUAAGACUGUUUGGGGGAGUUUUAAACUGAGCAAAAAUUUAGCUCACUGUGGAUAGCUGACCAAAACUGUCAAAUUUCAUCAAGUUGCAAAAAAUAAAAAAAUAAAUAAGCUAUGUCCAGAGGCAUUUGGCUCCUGUCCUUUGCAUGCGUGUGUAGACCAGUGGGGCUAAUGGUUGGUGUUCUGAUCAACAACAUGUCGGACUAUACUAAGGAAUGUUGACAGCUUUCCAGGAAAGAAGGAAGGGGGAGAUGUUGGGGAAU